UGCGCCCCAAUCCAUGCGCACCAUACCACUCCAUGCGCGCCGCGCUUCACGCUCCUUGUGGGUAAGCGCAUCUGUUCUGAACAUUUCUCCACCAACGGUUUGCAACGGCGUUUGUUUGGGUGGUGGUUUCGCGCUAGCGGUUAGCGGUGGUAGUGUUCUUUGCCACACACUAGAUCACCCCACCUCAUCUCUCUUUGAGGACUUAUCUUCCAGUCAGAACGCGCACAUAUUGCCGAAGGGAUGUCCGCUUAAUCGCGCGCGCAUCGCACACUCUCCUCGCGCGUCUCGUCGCGCUGCUCAGUCCGUCAGUGGUGCACGCCGGGUUGCGAUCGUACGCUGUUAUUGGUCUACGGUUUGAGUCUUCAGCGAACCACAUCUCUAACGGGUGUGCCUGCCUUUUGCGCUGGAUGAUCGUGGUGAUCGUGUGUGACGUCGACGUGAUCUUGGAGCAGCAGCAGCAGGCUGGAAAGCCGUAGUGUUGUACUAUCAAAAAUUCGGUUCGCUUUUGGACGCCAAAACACGGUUUCGGUGUCGAUGAUUGCGUGCACGCUUUGCCCAUUGCCCGUUAGUACACCGAUGUUGAACCGCGCUUAAUCAAUUACGUUCACGCACGAAAACUAGGCCGUCGACGCUUCCGGAGUGAUCGCAUUGCGUUUGUGAGGUUUUGCGCUGUGCUGUUGUGCUUUGUUGGGCAUCAUCUUAGUGCGUGAGUGUGUUUUUUGAGUGAAAAAGAGGAAUCAUUAUGCUGCAGCAAAUACAUGAGCUGCCUGUACAAACGUUAUGAUACACGAGCCUGGAGAGAAAAUACAAAUAUUCUACUGAUCCCGUAAGACAGAAGUACCGAAUCCAGUUACGGUGUAGCGUUGACCAGGCAAAUCAUGAGCAACUACUCGGCCGACCAUCUCGGCCGCAGCCCCGAAGAGGAUGGGGUUUUCUGCUCCAGUGAAAUAUCGAUCGUGGCCGCAUCGAGCGCUACCUUUAUCGCGGUACUUGGAACAAUCGGAAAUGUGACCACGCUGCUAGCGCUCGGUCGGAACCGAGCCGUGCGACAACGGCGCCGUCAACCGACCACCGCGUUCGUCAUGUCGUUAGCCACCGCGGAUCUCCUGUUCUGUGUCGCCGUCAUGCCGCUCAUGGCACUUCGAUACGGCCGCCGAAGAUGGCCCUUUGUCAGCGACAGCUUAUGGUGCCGACUGUUUCCAGUGGCACUGUACGGGACGGUCGCCACCUCCGUGUUAAGCCUGGUGGCCCUGACCGUCAAUCGGUAUGUGCUGAUAGUACAUCCCGCCUGGUACGGGGCAGUCUAUCGAACGGCCGGUAUGGUGCCGCUUCAGCUGGCCAUUUGUUGGGCCAUUCCGUACGGUUUAAUGGCUUUGCCACUGUUUGAACUGUGGGGUCGGCUAGGGUUCGAUCGUCGAACGUUCUCUUGUACGGUGUUACCCUCGAUCACUUCGACCGGGAAGUUUUCUGCCAGCCCGAAGAAGUUCAUUUUCAUCGUGGGAUUCGCUCUGCCAUUCUGUGCCAUCGUUCUCUGCUACACGGCCAUCAUCGGUGCAGUGCGCAGGCAGCGUCGCCAUAUGCAGCGGUAUGCGGCCAAACCAGUAGCUGCAACAUCGGUUGCUUCCACGCCUGGCAGCAUUGCCGCACCGAGCAACGACGAUGAUGAGCGGCAUCUGACGCGAACAACGGCCGCUAUAUUCGGGUGCUUCAUGCUUUGCUUUCUGCCACUUACGAUCGCCAAUGUGCUGCUGGAGGAUGCCGAAUCGGUGGGAGAGGCGGGUGAUGUGCAUGUGCUGGCAUCGAUUCUCACUUGGCACUCGGCCGUACUUAAUCCCUUCAUCUAUGCGCUGGGGAGUCGCCAUUACCGAAACGCUUACUGGGCUGUCUUACGCUGUGCAGAUUGCAAGAGUACUAAAUCCCAACGAAGAAUAACAUUUAGUAGACAUCAAUCACCUACGACGCCAUGUGCAACUAAAUCCACUAAGAUGGGAAGCUGCACUGCUGAGAACACCGGAAGUGGAACACAAAAUAAUUCGGACGUAUAACGAACGCCAACUCUUUUCUAAAGAGCUAGAUCCCAUGCCAUAUGUAGAUUAAAUAAAACUGAUACUUUAAUUUUUAUAA